GGCUGGUUUCCUGGGUGGCGGGCGCUUGGAGCCGUCACCCCGGCGCGGAACUGACAGGGCGGCGCGCUCGCGGUCUGCGUUUCCGGGCGGACCCUUCCGACGGCCCCAUCCCUCGGCUUCCUUCCCGGCCUGCCUCGCGCCCGCCGCCGGCCGGGCUGGGCCAUUGCAGCCCAAGAUGGCCGACUUCGAGGAUCGGGUGUCGGAUGAGGAGAAGGUUCGCAUAGCUGCUAAAUUCAUCACCCAUGCACCCCCAGGAGAAUUUAAUGAAGUGUUCAAUGAUGUCCGGCUGCUGCUUAAUAAUGACAAUCUUCUCAGGGAAGGGGCAGCACAUGCAUUUGCCCAGUACAACAUGGAUCAGUUCACACCUGUGAAGAUAGAAGGAUAUGACGAUCAGGUCUUAAUUACAGAGCAUGGUGACCUGGGUAAUAGCAGAUUUUUAGAUCCAAGAAACAAAAUUUCCUUUAAGUUUGAUCACUUACGGAAAGAAGCAAGUGACCCCCAGUCAGAAGAUGUAGACGGGGGAUUGAAGUCCUGGAGAGAAUCCUGUGACAGUGCUUUAAAAGCUUAUGUGAAAGAUCAUUACUCCAACGGCUUCUGUACUGUUUAUGCUAAAACUAUAGAUGGGCAGCAGACCAUUAUUGCAUGUAUUGAAAGCCACCAAUUUCAGCCCAAGAACUUCUGGAAUGGCCGUUGGCGAUCAGAAUGGAAGUUCACUAUCACACCACCUACAGCCCAGGUGGUUGGAGUGCUCAAGAUUCAGGUUCAUUAUUAUGAAGAUGGCAAUGUUCAGUUGGUUAGUCAUAAAGAUGUACAAGACUCAGUAACUGUUUCUAAUGAACUCCAAACUGCCAAGGAGUUUAUUAAAAUCAUAGAGAGUGCAGAAAAUGAAUACCAGACAGCCAUUAGUGAAAAUUAUCAAACGAUGUCAGACACCACAUUCAAGGCGUUGCGCCGGCAGCUUCCAGUUACCCGCACCAAAAUCGACUGGAACAAGAUACUCAGCUACAAGAUUGGGAAAGAAAUGCAGAAUGCUUAAAGGCUGACUGUAGGAGUCCUCAGUAUGUGAAAAGGAUUCCACAUAGUGUGGUCAUAUGAUAAACAAGUGAUUUAUAAACAAGAGUGAUAUUUUGCUAGUUAACAAAGUUAACAGAUUUUCUAGCCUCAUGGGAUACUGUUGAACCUAUAGCAUUGUCUUGAUUUUUUUCUUUUUUUGUGGUAUCUGCCUUGUAAUUUUCGGUUAUCGCUAUAUCUACUUGUAAAUCUUUUUGUUGUUAAUUCUGCUACAUUUAAUGUUGAGAGAUCUAUCCUGUUAGGACAUUUUCCUAGUCAUGAAGUCCUGUUAUUGAUUUAUACAGAUAAUCUGUGCAGUACUUUUUUUAACCCCUAUGCUUCAAAGUACUUCCGGUACUUCAGUGGUUUUUUUUCACUGAUCCACCGACUGCUAAAGAAGCUAUGCUACAAAGUGUAGCUGAGGAAGACACGUUCAUCCUUCGUCCUCUGACUGUGACUGCUUUGAUCAAUUAUGCUAUAUAUUUUGUAGCAUCUCAUAACUGUCGUUUCAAAAGUCUGGAUUGGAACUUUCGGGUCCAUUUUGAGAGACACAGAAGUUUCCUGGAAACUGUAAUAGCCAGCUUCUCUGGAGGAACUUAUUUUUAAAUCCAAAGACUUGACCAACAUUCCGUGCACACGAACAUUUGCUUUCUCUCCUUCCCCGUGUCUCCUUCCCACCUAGUGCCACUGCGCUCUGGUUACGCACCCCUGCAGCUUAGAAGAGCUCUGCCCACUUGUGUUUCUGCUUCAUAUUCAAGAACUGCUGGCACACUGUGGACAGAAUAUAAAACUUGAAAAAUGCAGAUUUUGAAGGAAUAAUAGGUGUCUUGUGCUUUAAUACUUCUUUGCAGGCUUAUUCUUUAGGCAGAUGAAUCAAACAACUAUGUAAAUCAUAAAAACUGAAAACGAACCAAAGUGAAAAGGAAAACUUCCAGGAAGUAUCUUUCUAUUGUAGCCUGUCACUGAAGAGAAUAAAUAGGACACAAAACUCAUUCCAGAUUACUCUUCCUCUGACAGUCCUGCCUGCCAAGAACUCAGAUGUAACUGUGAUAUAGCGACCCUUCCCAGGUGUAUUGGCAGGUGUGUGUGUGAUCUCCGAAUGCACAGGUAACAUGGAUAUGAUAUGACAGCUGGUAAUGGUGGAUUCAUUUACAUUGUUUACACUUCUAUGACCAGGCCUUAGGGGAGGUCAGUUUUUUAAAAAACAAGUAGUGUCUUCCUACCUGUCUCCAAAUAUAUGUCAAAACAGAAGGGUGUUUUGCUUCAGCUUUGUUUUUGCUCAGUAAUCCAGUCAAGCAAGAGUUUGUUUGCAAGUGAAAGCUGUGUAAACAUUUUUAUUUCAAAUAAAAUAUAUUUGUAUUAUUUGUCAUUCAUAUUAUCCAUACCACACUAUCUUCUGUAUCAGGUAGUCCAUAGAAAUACACCUGUUUUGUUCUAA